CUUUUGCCAAAAGGAAAAUGUCAAUUUAUUUCGUGUAUGGCUCCACUCAAAACUCAGCGGGCGGCACUCUUUAUACUUCUUUAAUGUGAUGGAUGCAACUUUUAACUUGCAAGUUUUAAUCUAAUAUUUUCCCUCAAGUAAUUUCAUAUUUUCCAAAUUUUUUUUUUUUAGAUAUAAAAGGAGAAACGACCACGCAGAGUUUUUCGAAAAAUCCCUUCAAUCAAUCCUCCUAUAUCGCGGAAAAUGCCCAGGAGAUCUACACAAAUGCAUAUCCGCAUACCAGUUGCUUUUAUUCCAAUACGUUGUAUAAUAAAGUUACCACAUCACCUCACAGGACCAACGAAGAACAGCAGCAACCAGAAAAUAGUAACAGUGCCCAUAAUAACCCAUCAGGUUGUCAAGUUAUUAAAGAAGAGCCUGUUGAAAAGGAAAACAGCAAUGGUUCUUACAAAACACCAUGUGAAAAUGUAGAAGCUUCUACAAAUAAAAAAACAUUAUGGAGACAAGUAAAUUGCAGUAAGUAUAAACCGAAACAAGCCUUGAAACCAAAAUCCAUGCGCUUUAUUUUAGAUACAAACGAGAAAUUUUCUACCGAAAAAUCCUCAGACAUCUAUAAGACUAGGAAGGAGCAACCGGCUACUUCACAGCCAACCAUUUUCCAAAAUCCCACAAAUGGUAGAAGAGGUUCUCUUCAACUUUGGCAAUUUUUAGUUGCGCUACUCGACACUCCUGACGCUAGCGCUGGAUGUAUAGCUUGGACUGGUAGAGGAAUGGAGUUUAAACUUAUCGAGCCUGAAGAGGUUGCUAGAAGAUGGGGAGCCCAAAAAAAUCGCCCAGCGAUGAACUAUGACAAGUUGAGCCGUUCACUAAGAUACUAUUAUGAAAAAGGAAUUAUGCAAAAAGUUGCAGGUGAAAGAUAUGUCUACAAAUUUGUCUGCGAUCCAGAAGCUUUAUUCAACAUGGCAUAUGGUACUCACCAAGAGGCGAAUGUAAAAACAUCACCAAAAUCCGAAAACUUCACUCCAAUCACACCGAAAUUCGAAACGCACAAUUUGGCUUACACCGAUAUGAUCAGUUUUUAUAAUUGCGGUCUUGCUCAUUCUUACCAGCAUCUCCAUCCGUAUUUGCAAGAUACCAGAGCCACUAGAUACGCUUAGCAUUAAUUUAAUUUUA